AUGGAUGCAUCCUUCGACCCAGUCCGGUGCGCCGAGCUUCAUAACCAACUUCUCGCAAAAGCAAUCUCAAGAAUCCCCGAUGCAGUUCAAGAAGUCAAACGUGACAUGCUGGCACGAUGGCGCAGUUUACCACCAGAGAAACCCCCCUUUGACAUCCCUGAAGAGGAGCCGCUCUACACAUUUCUGUCGUUGAUCGAUAGCUACAAACCCAACCAUCUCCCGUUGACAGCCGAGUUCUGCCAGCCCGACCCGUGGUGGUUUGACGACAAGUUCCAAGAGUUGGAAGACCGGCGCAUUAUUCUGUUGUACGGAGACGAGACUAACACGCCAAAAAUGGACGGCGCUCUUUACUUCAAUCUUGAUACUGACUUGGCCUACUGGACUCGCCUCUGCGGUUGUGGUGGAUUUCCGCCCGAUAACCAAUGGGUCCCGCUCGAGCUAGCUCUGCGAAAGGCUUUGGACAUGUGGAAACUCGGAAAGUUCACCUGGGGAGGUGAAACCGGCUGGUACCGGUCUAGAGAGGCGGUUUCCUACGUAUCUUGGACGCCUCAGGAUCUAACUACGACUCUUCGUCACUGGGAAUGCUUACUUGAGGUCAUCCAGUCUCGCCUGCCUGAGGGCACACCCAGGUCACCUCUUCUGGAUCCCCUGUCCGUCGACCUGGUCAGCAAAUUCCGGCUAAGCUCCUUUGCGAGGGCCUUCCUCUGUGCCACGAAACGCCCUUCUUUCAAGUAUGUCGCACCCGGGAUCACGGCCUUUACACCGGAAACCUUUGCCGCCACCUACGGGGUAGAGCCCCCCACAAGCCGUCGCCUGCAGAUCGAACAAGAUGGUGGAUUUGAGAUGAUAUCACUCAUACUACCCUCUACCGCUGGUCCUAUAGUGAAGAGUGAGGAUCGACACUUGUUUGACGGAGAAGACCAUCUCCCAUUGACUGACACGGCAUUGUACGAGCAUCCUGGCCUAUAUACGACAUUUGUGCAGCCCACAUCGGACGGGGAUGGAACGGAUCUAGUCACUACUCAAGGUGCGAUGAAUCCAAUCCGAUUCGAUGGGCGUCGGCCGUGGGGACAAAGAGGCAACAUCCGACUUGAAGUCAUACUUAAUCUUUGGAUUGCACACGUGGUGCAUGGAACGUGGGAGAUUCGUCUCGAAGGAAUAUCUACGCCGGGCAGCUGGUUCAUGGAUGCGCAGACGAUAGAAGCUCGAAGGUUAUUGUGGACAUAA